AUGGGAAACUCGCAAGGGAAACCGAUCGCCGAGGGCGAUGAGGUGAACUUGAAUCAAUUCCGCUUGCUGCGAGUGGUAGGCAAGGGGGCGUUCGGAAAGGUCCGCAUCGUCGAAAAGAAGGAUACCGGUUUGACGUUCGCUCUCAAAUACAUUCGCAAGGAAGAAGUGGUUCGUUCGGAAAGUGUACGGAAUAUCAUUCGCGAACGCCGCAUGCUAGAACAUCUGAACCACCCAUUCCUAUGCAACUUGAGGUACAGCUUUCAGGAUAUAGAGUAUAUUUAUAUCGUGGUCGAUCUCAUGAACGGCGGUGAUUUGCGGUUCCACAUCUCCAGAAAAUGCUUCACGGAGGAAGCGGUUCGAUUUUGGGUCGCCGAGCUGGGUUGUGCCCUGCGAUAUAUCCACUCCCAAGGCAUCAUCCAUCGCGAUGUGAAGCCAGAUAACGUGCUACUGGACUCGGAAGGUCAUGUCCAUUUGGCAGAUUUUAAUGUGGCCUCAGACUUCCGACCUGGAAAACCUCUCACAAGCAAAUCCGGAACGUUGGCGUACUUGGCCCCCGAAGUGUACGAAGGAGGAGGAUACUAUUGCGAGGUUGAUUGGUGGUCAUUGGGCGUCACUUUCUAUGAGUGCAUCUAUAACAAGCGACCGUUCGAAGGCCGCAGUCAGGAUACGUUAAGUGACAACAUCAAAAAAGCCCAGCCAAAGUACUAUGUGACAAAUCCGGCAGUUUCCGUCCCGUGUCUGCGGGCCAUGGCAGCUUUGAUGGAAAAGGACCGAAGCAGACGCAUUGGUGCGACCGGUUUCGAGACUUUCAUCUCUCAUCAAUUUUUCGCUGAUAUUGACUUUGUGGCUCUGGAGAGAAAGGAGGUCCCACCUGUGUUCCGCCCAUCCAGCGAUAAGACGAAUUUCGAUGCCACCUAUGAUCUCGAGGAGUUGCUGUUGGAAGAGGCGCCGCUUGAGGCUCGUGCCCGCAGGCAGAAACCCCGAGCGGAGCUGAGGGAGGAUGCGACUGCGAAGGAGAUCAGAGAAGACGAACUUCACCGCUUGAUAGAGACGAUGUUUGAGCCAUUUGAUUAUACGAAGGUGACAUAUCGAGGAAAUGCCGCCGAAGCCAUUGCGGCUACGAAAAACCCCGAAGACUGCCUCCCCAUAGCUACUUUGACGCAUUCCCGCCAAUACUCCCAGCCCGAUUCCUCCCGAAACUCCCCUCCGCGUAAUGAUGGAUCAGUGAGCCGUUUGACGCAGCCCGACAAUUCUUCCCCAGUUACCGCGUCUCCUGUUGGCGAAACCCUUGAACCCCAAAAUUACUCGCCCACGAACCUUCAAAACAACAUGGCGGGCUCUCCGUCCUCUCAGUCGCAACUGCCUCCAGCCCCAGUCGCAGCCCCAGCCCAACCUCCGCCACCUGCUCCCUCUUUCAGCCGCCCGUUGCCUCCUCCACCGGGACGCCCCCGUGGCGCCACUCGCAAGACCAGUAAGGGAGGAGGUGUGCAGAUGGUCCUAGAAGAGGCGGGUAGCUGGAGCGAGCUUGCUGACCACAGCGCGACCCUUCCGGCUGAGGGGUACGAUGCGGCGUCGGCCAAGGGGAAGCCGUCGAAUAGUGGCAUGCUGUCAUUCCUGAGUCGGAAGAAGGGUCGUGACCGGAGCCCCAAACCACAGGAACCGGGUGUGCUUGGCAAGGAGGGCGCCAGACAGAUUAUAAGUUGA